AGUGACCGUUGCAAACGCUCCCCCUAUUAAAAAAUUCAAAAACCACGAUGAAUAUAUAAAACCCAAAAAUAAAAUAAAGCUUCAAUCAUCGUUUUUCCUCUUCUCUCUCUAGAAUUUUUCGCUGAGAUUACAUUUCAAAGAUGAUGUUGAGGUCAAGCGCCAAACCUCCUCUCGCAAGGUCUCCGAUUCGCCUCCGUUCACGGCGUAAGCCGCUUCAGCCCGCCGCCGACAACGCCGCCCGCACUCCACCAGGUUCAUUGACCAAAUCCCAGAUGCCUAACCGCAGCUGGGACGUGGAGCAAUCCGGGCUUCGGCCUGAAUAUCACACGAUCUCUUGUGAGCUAAGGGCCCUAGCAAAAAUGGUGCACCACGAAUUUGGAACAAAAGGAAACCCCUCAUUUGAUGAUGAUGGAGGUGUUCUUGGCGGUCAAAGGAGCCCUCUGUUUGAGAGAGGCAGGUUUUAUGAUGAGUAUUGUGCAAGAAGGAAUGAGAGGCUUUUUUCAAGAAGAAGAAAGGUGAAGUUGAGGGAUAUGAGAAGAAGCCUGCAUAUGCAUAUGAUCUUGGUGUUAGAGUCGAGUCUGCAAAGAAGAGGGAGGCUACCAAGUUCGAUAGCCGGAGGAAGGCGGCGGCUGUUGCGGUGGCUGCGGCCACGCCAGUGUCUGAGAGGCGGGAGGUACGCACACCAAGGUAUUUGCUGAGGAGCACUAGCAAGGAGAACAAGAAGCCUCCUCCAAUACCAAUGAGUUUGGAGAAAUCUGUGGGGAUCACUGAGAGGAAAGUUAGGAGGACUAGGAAGGCUUGAAUCUUCUUAGGGUUUGUUUGAUUGUGGUAAAUGUGGUUUUGCUUCUUGAAUUUUUUUUGGAUAUUAUUUGCGCGAUUUAUGGUUAUGUGCUGAAUAGCCUAUAUGUUGAUUUAUGGUUAAGAGGAGUCUGGUUUGCACCAAAUAAAAUUCCAUUCAAAAUUAUAUCA